AUGAAGUUCACUUUCGGAUUAGUCUCAAUUGUGGCGACCAUCCUCAGCGCCCCAGCGGUCACAGCCGUUCCGACCUUCGGCUUUGGAAACGGAGGUGUUUAUGGGGGAGGUGGAGGCUAUGGUUACGGAGCUGGAUAUGGCCGCUACGGAGCGGGCUAUCGUCGUGGAUAUGGCGGAUUCGGAGCACGUGGAUAUGGCGGAUUCGGAGCAGGGUGCUGUGGAUACAACGGCGGUUAUGGUCGAGGUUACGGAGCAGGGUACGGCCAAGCUUAUGGCGGUGCGUAUGGUGCAGGGUACGGCGCAGGAGGUGGUGGGCUCGGCUUAGGCUUUGGCCUCGGAUUAGGUGGCGGCAUCGGCAUCGGCAUUUGA